UUGCUGUACCAGUACCGUGUUGGUAACUUAGGAAUUUCCAAAAAGUCUCAUUGGUGAUCGUAACUGGAUGCCGCACGACUUUGAGCAAGCACCAGUCGCAAACCUUCUUCUCCUGCUAGCGGGCUUUAAACGCACUGUUACUGCACUUUCUGGGUGAUUCUAAAGGUGCUUGCUUAAUCAUAUUUGUAGCGGCAAUGAACCAGAGGGCUGUAAGUUCUUCAGGGACAGAAAACCCAGCUGGCAGUAAUAAGCAAAGUGACGGGCCUGGUGUUGAUCGCGGACCUGAGGCCAAUGGUGGUGCUAGAAUCCCGGAAAGGUCAGCAUAUGUGAUACUGGCCUUGUUUGUUCUGGUUAUGCAUGGCUCCUCGGUUGUUUAUCGUUUUCAGUUUGAGAGACUGCCUGUGCCUCUUACUGCUGAACAGGCAGGCAAGAGGGGUUUCUCUGAGGAAGAAGCCAUGAAGCAUGUUAGGGCCUUGACUAAAUUGGGCCCACAUCCUGUGGGUUCUGAUGCUCUUGAUCUUGCUCUCCAGUAUGUACUGGUGGCAUCUGAAAACAUCAAGAAGUCAGCUCAUUGGGAGGUUGAUGUUCAAGUGGAAUUUUUUCGUGCACAUUCUGGUGCCAAUCGUAUGGUUGGUGGUCUUUUUAAGGGAAAAACACUUGUUUAUUCAGAUCUAAGUCACAUUUUGUUGAGAAUAUUGCCGAAGUAUGCUUCUGAAGCAGAAGAAAAUGCUAUCCUCGUCUCCUCCCACAUUGAUACUGUUUUUUCAGCGGAAGGAGCUGGAGAUUGUAGUUCAUGUGUAGCUGUUAUGCUGGAGCUUGCUCGAGGAAUUUCUCAGUGGGCUCAUGGAUUAAAGCACUCUAUCAUAUUUUUAUUCAAUACUGGGGAGGAAGAGGGCCUAAAUGGUGCUCAUAGCUUUGUAACACAGCAUCCAUGGAGCGAUACUGUUCGUUUGGCUAUUGACUUGGAAGCCAUGGGUAUUGGAGGGACAUCUGGCAUAUUUCAGGCUGGUCCUCAUCCUUGGGCUAUCGAGACCUUUGCCCAGGUGGCUAAGUAUCCAUCUGCCCAAAUCAUUGCUCAGGAUCUUUUCUCUUCUGGAGCUAUAAAAUCUGCGACUGAUUUUCAAGUGUACAAGGAGGUUGCAGGUCUUUCGGGCCUUGACUUUGCAUACUCUGAUAGUACUGCUGUAUAUCACACAAAGAAUGACAAGUUAAAGCUUUUGAAACCGGGUUCACUUCAGCAUCUUGGAGAAAAUAUGCUUGCAUUCCUGCGUCAGGCUGCUGCUUCCCCUCAUAUUCCUAAUGCCAAGGCAAUGGAAGCAGAUGACAAGUCUGACUAUGAUACUGCUAUAUAUUUUGACAUUUUGGGGUCAUACAUGAUUGUGUACCGUCAAGGGUUUGCCACUAUUCUUUAUAACUCAGUGAUAAUGCAGUCUCUUCUGAUAUGGAUUGCAUCGUUGCUAAUGGGUGGUUAUUCAGCUGCAAUAUCAUUGGCCUUAUCAUGUUUGAGCAUUAUCCUGAUGUGGCUAUGUUCAUUAAGUUUCUGUCUUCUUGUUGCCUUCAUUUUACCAGUCAUGUCUUCUUCACCAGUGCCUUUUGUUUCAAGUCCGUGGUUGGUUGUUGGUCUAUUUGCUGCUCCUGCUCUCAUUGGGGCAUUGGCUGGACAAUAUAUGGGCUACCUCAUCCUCCAGACAUAUUUGUUGACUGUAUCUUCAGGGAGAAGGGUGAACCUGUCUACUUUUGUUCAAUCUGAUUUGGCCAAGUUGGAUGCUGAAAGAUGGCUGUUCAAAGGUGGUUUGGUGCAGUGGCUUGCUCUGCUGAUCUUGGGAAAUUAUUAUAAGAUUGGAUCUUCCUAUUUAGCUCUUGUUUGGCUAGUCUCACCUGCAUUAGCAUAUGGCUUGCUUGAAGCAACCUUAUCCCCAGUGCGGUUUCCGAAGCCAAUCAAGAUUGCCACAUUGCUGAUAGGCCUAUCCCUGCCCUUAUUGAUUUCUUCUGGCAUGUUUAUUAGGCUGGCAGGCACAAUAAUUGGCAUUGCAGUUAGAUUUGACAGGAGCCCGGGUAGCACCCCUGAGUGGCUUGGGAAUGUCAUACUCGCUGUAUAUACUGCUGUGAUCAUAUGUCUUUCUUUGGUCUAUAUCCUUUCAUGCAUUCACUAUUCAGGUGCGAAAAAAUUAAUCAUCUUUGCCAUGUGUGCUCUGUUUGGUCUCUCCUUUGCUGUGGUAUUUUUUGGUAUUGUGCCACCAUUUACUGAAGAUACUGCAAGGGCUGUAAAUGUCGUGCAUGUUGUGGAUACAAUAGGAACAGUUAGUGGAAAGCAAGAACCUAGUUCAUAUGUUUCUCUGUUUUCAGCGACUCCUGGAAAAUUGACAACAGAGGUUGAACAUAUUGGAGAAGGAUUUGUUUGUGGUAGAGAUAGGGUCCUUGACUUUGUUACCUUUUCAGUAAAAUAUGGUUGCUGGACCCACAAUAAUACAGGAAUUGGGUGGAGCAAAUCAGAUAUUCCCACAAUGAAUGUCAAUAGUGAUAUAAAGGCAGAAGACAGAAUUACACAAAUUUUAGUAGAUACCAAAGUUUCCACCCGCUGGUCUCUUGCUAUCAAUACAGAAGUAAUAGAAGACUUCAAGCUUAAAGAUGACUCCGAGGAGUUGGUUCCACUGGGUGACAAGAGCAGUGUCGAUGGAUGGCACAUUAUUCAGUUUUCAGGCGGGAAGAAUGCGCCUACAACAUUCGACCUGACCCUUUACUGGUUCAGAAACUAUACAAAAGCAACGAAAGAGGAUGGGAAGAAUGCAGAGCCAUAUCUCCUAAAAUUGAGGACAGAUGUGGACAGAUUGACACCAAAAGCUGAAAGGGUUCUGAAGAUGCUUCCUUCCUGGUGUUCUCUAUUCGGGAAGUCGACUUCUCCCCACACCUUAGCUUUCUUAACUAGCCUUUCAGUUAACUUAUGAGUUCAACACGUUUUGAUGCUUAUACUUAGUGUGAAAACAAUUUGUUGGUACAUGCAGGUUUACAGAUAGAAACACCAUCAAUGAUGUUCUAAUCCAAUUUAAGAAACCAUUUUACAGA